GCUUAUUUCAAUUUGUAAAACAUUUGAUAUAGUACACGUGUAUGAUCUUUGAGAGUCUAUUAUGAAAAACAAAUAUUAGUCAAUUUAGUAAAAAUCAAGAAAACUUAAUAGUAAAAUAGUAAAAUCCUCUUUCAUCAUAGAGCAACUCGCUUUACUACACUCGUUUUUUCUCAUUGAUACGUCACGUAUCGACGUGACAAUCGAAUAAAUAUAAAACUGCAUUAUAAUUCAUCCAGUCAUCUACGACUAUUCAUUUUAAUAAUUAUAGUUAGUUAAUUUAUCCAAAUUACAAUAUAAUGAAUAGUUUUUAUAUACGAGAGAUGACAAACGGACCUUAGUUAUUCAUCGGUCACAAAUAUAUAGUCUGAAGUGAAUCGCACGCCACUCUUAUUUAGCUGCAAAUGUGUCGAGAAACUGAAAUACGCCGCUGGCCACUUUAUCUUAGUUCGGUUCAGCCCCAGGUUCAACCAUGCAGAUCUAGCAUUUUUUGGGUUAGAAAAUAAUGAGUAAUAAAUAUAAGUGUUUAUAGAUUAAUAAACUACAUUAAAAGAUUCAUAAAAUUUUUAAAUAUUUUACGCAAUCACCGUGAAGCAAUAAAAUUGUUUUCCCUCAAAAACCCAAUUAAUUCCAUAGAUAAUGACAAUUAUUUGCAAAAUCUACAAUCGGUUAAGUCCACUCAAAACUUUUCUCCAACCAAAAAUAGAAAAUAUUAUCGUGUCAGCUAGAGGGUCUCAGAUCAAAUCAAAGUUAACAUGGCCAAGAAAACGAUUUCCUCCAUGGUUUAUUAAACAAACACGAGUACAACAUAGAGAAGACUUAACAAAAGAAAAUAGAGAAUUCAUCCAGCAAGUCAUAAAAGACAAAUAUCCUGCACCGGAUAUAGGAUUUGGUAGUUUUUCUCCACUAAAAUUACCAACAAUUGAACCAAAUACAGAAUGGAAUCCAGCAUACAGACGAGUUGGAGUUAUUGCUAAAAAAUUAGGUGUUGUACCUAUGUAUAUGAAGGAUGGUACCAAAGUUUCCUCUACUUUGUUUCAAGUUGUUGAUAAUCAUGUAAUUAAAUAUACACCACCAGAAGAAUAUGAGGCUAAAAUAACCAAAAAGAAAAAUCCUUUUCCUGCAAAGACAGGAUGUAUUCUUGUUGGAGCUGAAAGUAAAGACCCACAAUUGUUUACAAAAGAAUAUUGUGGGUUAUUCGCUGAAGCAGGGGUUAUGCCUAAGCGUUUAAUAGCAAGGUUUUUUGUAUCUCCAGAAGCAGCUUUACAACCUGGUAUUCCAUUGUUUGCAACUCAUUUUAAAGUUGGUCAAUAUGUCGAUGUUCGAGGCAAAACCAUCGAUAGAGGAUUCCAAGGUGUAAUGAAAAGAUGGGGCUUUCAUGGUAUGCCUGCUACUCACGGUGUUACGAAAACACACAGAAGACCUGGUAAUAUUGGUUCUGGUGGUAAAAAAGCUCGUGUAAUGCCAGGAACGAAAUUGCCUGGACACAUGGGAAAUAGAUAUCGUACAUUAAGAGGACAGAGGAUUCUUCGGAUAAACACAAAGUAUAAUGUUAUAUGGCUUUUGGGACAAAAUACAGCUGGCGAGGUUGGUGCAUUAGUGACAAUGUUUGACACAUUACUACCUCUAAAAAGUUUAAAAGCUACACAAGUAACGCCAUAUUUUCCAACAUAUUUCCCAAAUAUUCAUGAAGAAUUACCAGAGGAACUUUUUGUAGAUGAUUUACAUAAUUACGAAGAUCCAACGAUCAUGUUCAAAGAAGAAUAAUGUUUAUUAGUUUGUUACCGAUGUUCUUUAAUAAAAUUUCAUUAAAAAAAUCGUUUCUGAAAACAUUUUGGAUUCUAAUUGGUGAAUGGUUAAUCAUGAAAUGACGUCAACAGGUGUAAAUUUGAUGUCAAUGUAUUUGAAGAAAAAAUAUACAUUGUUAAUUUCAGAUAGAAUAAGAAAUUUGAUCGUGACAGCUACGGUAUCUAAUGUAAGCUACAUUUUAAUGUUGCUGCUCAUGCACUUUUUUACAGAACGCCCGUAGUUAUUAGUUACGCUAAUAAAAAGUAAUUGUACAAUACUCUUAUAAAUCGAUGCCUAUUGCAAAUUUAUCAUGCCUAAAAUAUACACAAAUGGAUCAUAAACAUUAUGAACCAAGAUUCGGUGGCCUUUACAAAAUAAAAAAAUUAACGUUACGAGAAAAAACAACUGCAGAUUCUUCGUUGUUUUCUAUUAAACAAAAUUUAAUAAUCACGCGUGUUCUGUAUACGUUACAAUGAUUAAUUUCUUCAUUAAAAAAGCUCGGAAGAGAAGCAUUGCUAAUAAUUCUCCAAACCAAAUCAGCAUCUUAAUUAGACUUGUUUAACGAUGUAAAUGUUACAAAUAAUAAGACAAUUAUUGUAAAAAGAAUGAAGAACGAAAAAACACAGUCGAUUUAUAGUUGUCGU